UAGGCUGAGGGGUUCGAGAUAGGGGCAUGAUAAAAGCGGAAUUUAGGGGAUCUGGAGCACGGCCGGGCUCGGGCUGGGACCUAGUGGAUCCAGGCCCGGAGCCUUCGGGGUUCAGGGUUGGGGCUUAAAGCACUCUGGAGUCGGCACCGUGCCUGGGGAGCGGGGUUAGGACUGCGGCGAGGCUGGGAGCCGGUCAGAGUGUAGUAUCUCAAGAGUGGGGUUGGAGGGCUGAGCCUCAAGUCGAUCUCGCGCGGAGCUCGUGAGGGCGGAUCCGGGGAGGUGGAGCUUGGACUAGGGAAAGGGGCGGUCCUUGGGGGGGGCGCUGGAGUCCAGGGGCGGUAACACACUACUUCCGAGGCUCGGUCUAGAGAGGCAGAAAGAGAAACGAAGGGACCCUUCGGCGCGGGAUUCUGGGCGAAGUUUAGGUUAUGAGGCCCCAGAAGUUGCGAGGUAGUGGGCGGAGCUGGAGGCUGAGCAGGGUUGCUAGGGGGCGGGGCCAGAAAGGUGGCUAGUCCCGUGCUGGUCACCCCUCCCUUCCGCCAAUCCGGACGCCCCGCCCCGACACUUAUUUGUUCAUCCAGGAGUCUGGGAACCAAGCUUAUCUGACGGCCCUAAACUCACAGCCUAAAGAUGAAGGCUGACUCGACCUCGAGGACACAAAGACCCACACAGCCUUAGACUCCCACGUCGCACAUAUGUUGACACACCGGCCCUCACAGACACUGUCACACACAGAGAUAGAAACAGCUCUACACACAGGCACAGCACCGUGCCCCGUACUCGCAGGCUCUAAGCAGUGGGAUGAGGGUCCCAGCCCGUGGAGUUCAAGCCUCUCCUGCAACACCGCAGAUAAUAUCCGUUCUGUGUAAGAGCCAGAGGGACCUAGAAAGGGGAAACUGAGGCCAGAGCGAAACUGUACCCUGCUGGAGUCAAAUGGGGAGGCCAUCUAAGCCAGGACAGCCUCCCAGGCUCCUCCCCUGCCUGCGGAGCUGGGCUUCCGGGCUCAGGGCCUCCGCCUGUGCCCCCACAGACGUGGUGGUGCUGGAGGUGAGCAGCUCCCUGGCGCAGCCCUCGCUCUUCUACCACCUUGGUGUGCGGGAGAGCUUCAGCAUGACCAACAACGUGCUGCUCUGCUCCCAGGCUGACCUCCCGGACCUGCAGGCCCUUCGGGAGGAUGUUUUCCAGAAGAACUCGGAUUGUGUCGGCAGCUACACGCUGAUUCCCUAUGUGGUGACAGCCGCAGGCCGAGUGCUGUGCGGUGAUGCGGGCCUCCUGAGGGGACUGGCUGAUGGGCUGGUCCAGGCCGGGGUGGGCACCGAGGCCCUGCUUACGCCCCUCGUGGGCCGGCUGGUCCGGCUGCUGGAGACCACGCCUACCGACUCUUGUGGCUACUUCCGGGAAACCAUCCGGCAGGACAUCCGGAGGGCCCGGGAGCGCUUCUGCGGGGAGCAGCUGCGGCAGGAGCUGGCUCGCUUGCAGCGGAGGCUGGACAGCGUGGAGCUGCUGAGCCCCGACAUCGUCAUGAACCUGCUGCUCUCCUACCGCGACGUGCAGGACUACUCGGCCAUCAUUGAGCUGGUAGAGACCCUGAAGGCCUUGCCUACCUGCGAUGUGGCCGAGCAGCACAACGUCUGCUUCCACUAUACGUUUGCCCUAAACCGGAGGAACAGGCCUGGGGACCGGGAGAAAGCAUUGGCCGUGCUGCUGCCGCUGGUCCAGAGCGAGGGCUCCGUGGUGCCUGACCUCUGCUGCAUGUGCGGCCGUGUCUACAAGGACAUGUUCUUCAGCUCUGGCUUCCAGGAUGCUGGGUACCGGGAGCAGGCCUACCACUGGUAUCGAAAGGCUUUUGACGUAGAGCCCAGCCUCCACUCGGGCAUCAAUGCGGCUGUGCUGCUCAUCGCUGCAGGCCAGCGCUUCGAGGACUCUGAGGAGCUCCAGCUCAUAGGCAUGAAGCUGGGCUGCCUGCUGGCCCGAAAAGGCUCUGUGGAGAAGAUGCAGUAUUACUGGGAUGUAGGCUUCUACCUGGGAGCUCAGAUCCUCGCCAAUGACCUUGCCCAGGUGGCGCUGGCCGCAGAGCAGCUCUACAAGCUCGAUGCUCCCAUAUGGUACCUGGUGUCCAUGAUGGAAACCUUCCUGCUGUACCAGCACUUCAGACCUACGCUGGAGCUUCCUGAAGGACCCCCGCACCGUGCCCACUUCUGGCUCCACUUCUUGCUGCAGUCCUGUCAGCCACUCAAGACGGCUUGUCCCCAAGGGGACCAGUGCUUGGUGCUGGUCUUGGAGAUGAACAAGGUGCUGCUGCCUGCCAGGCUGGAGAUUCAGGGUACCGACCCAGUGAGCGCAGUGACCCUGAGCCUGCUGGAGCCCGAACCCCAGGACGUUCCCUCCAGCUGGACUUUCCCAGUGGCUUCCAUCUGCGGGGUCAGCUCCUCCAAGCGGGAUGAGCGCUGCUGCUUCCUCUACGCGCUGCCCCCUGCGCAGGAUGUGCAGCUCUGCUUUCCCAGCGUGGGGCACUGCCAGUGGUUCUGCGGCCUGAUCCAAGCCUUGGUGACAAAUCCGGAUUCCACAACGCCCGCGGAAGAGGCAGAGGGUGUGGGGGAGGUGCUGGAGUUUGAUUAUGAGUACACGGAGACGGGUGAGCGACUGGUGCUGGGCAAGGGCACCUACGGGGUGGUGUACGCCGGCCGCGAGCGGCACACGCGGGUGCGCAUAGCCAUUAAGGAGAUCCCGGAGCGGGACAGCAGGUUCUCUCAGCCCCUGCAUGAAGAGAUUGCUCUGCACAAGCGCCUUCGCCACAAGAACAUCGUGCGCUACCUGGGCUCCACCAGCCAGGACGGCUACCUCAAGAUCUUUAUGGAGGAAGUGCCUGGAGGCAGCCUGUCCUCCUUGCUGCGGUCGGUGUGGGGCCCCCUGCAGGACAAUGAGAGCACCAUCAGUUUCUACACCCGCCAGACCCUGCAGGGCCUCAGCUACCUGCAUGACAACCACAUAGUGCAUCGAGACAUCAAGGGGGACAAUGUGCUGAUCAACACCUUCAGUGGGCUGCUCAAGAUUUCUGACUUUGGCACCUCCAAGAGGCUGGCGGGCAUCACACCUUGCACUGAGACCUUCACAGGGACCCUCCAGUAUAUGGCACCAGAAAUCAUUGACCAGGGCCCACGAGGGUAUGGGAAGGCAGCUGACAUCUGGUCACUGGGCUGCACUGUUAUCGAGAUGGCAACAGGCCGCCCCCCCUUCCAUGAGCUAGGGAGCCCACAGGCGGCCAUGUUUAAGGUGGGCAUGUACAAGGUGCAUCCGCCAAUGCCCACUUCUCUGUCAGCGGAGGCCCAAGCCUUUCUUCUCCGAACGUUUGAGCCAGACCCCCGCCUCCGAGCCAGUGCUCAAGCACUGCUGGGGGACCCCUUCCUGCAGCCGGGGAGGAGGAGCCGCAGCCCCGGCUCCCCAAGACAUGCACUGCGGCCCUCAGAUGCCCCUUCAGCCAGCCCCACUCCUUCAGCUGACCCGACCACCCAGCCCCAGACAUUCCCACGCCCUCAGGCACCCUUUCAGCACCCACCCAGUCCCCCGAAGCGCUGCCUCAGUUAUGGAGACACCAGCCAGCUCCGGGUGCCUGAGGAACCGGGGGCCGAGGAGCCCACGUCCCCUGAGGAGAGUUCUGGGCUGAGCCUGCUGCACCAAGAGAGCAAGCGCAGGGCCAUGCUGGCCGCGGUGCUGGAGCAGGAGCUGCCCUCGCUGGCGGAGAGUCUGGGCCUGAAGCAGGAACAGGGGCCCCGGCUGGGCAGGAAUCAUGUGGAACAGCUACUGCGCUGCCUCGGGGCGCACAUCCACACUCCCAACCGCCGGCAGCUGGCCCAGGAGCUGCGGGCGCUGCAAGGGCAGCUGCGGGACCAAGGCCUCCGCCCUGCACUUCUGCACGGACCGCUCUUCGCCUUCCCGGACGCGGUGAAGCAGAUCCUCCGCUGGCGCCAGAUCCGCCCACACUGGAUGUUCGUGCUGGACUCGCUGCUCAGCCGAGCGGUGCGGGUAGCCCUCGCCGUGUUGGGCCCAGAAGAGGAGACAGAGGAGGUCCCACCGAGGUCAGAGGAGGAACCCCAGUCCAAGCAGCAGGAGACCAUCAGCCGGCUCCCGGGGGAACCAGAGAAGGCCCCCCCAACCCCAGUGGUGCGGCUGGGCCUCUUGCGAGCAGAGACUGACAGGCUCCGAGAGGUCCUGGCCGAGAAGGAGCGGGAGUGCCAGGCCCUGGUGCAGCAAGCUCUGGAGCGGGUACACAGGGAGACAGGGACCUGCACCCUGGCCCCAGAGCCCCCUGCUGCUCUCACGGUGGACCAGGGCUUGGUGCAGUGGCUACAGGGACUGAAUGUGGAUUCAGGCACUAUCCAGAUGCUGCUGAACCACAGCUUCACCCUCCAUAUCCUGCUGACCUGUGCCACUCGAGAUGACCUCAUCUAUACACGCAUCAGGGGAGGAAUGGUGUGCCGUAUCUGGAGAGCCAUCUUGGCCCAGCGAGCAGGAUCUAUGCCAGUCACCCCUGGCCAACAGGAGGCUGAAUGAGAGCUCAGAGAUAGAAGGCAGGACCCAAGGAUGGCUGCAUGGAGAAGACACAAGCAGCUUCUGAUACACCUCACCUACCCCAGGACUCAGGGCCAACAGGAGAAGGCCAGGCGGGUGGGGGCAGGGUAGGGCCCAGACCUAGCGAUAUUGGGGGGGGAUCAACCAUAGAGAUACCCGCAAGCCGAUCAAGUAUGGCCAGGCAGACUAUUAAACAGAAUACAUUUGUA